CCUGAGAGAGAGGAACCUCUGACGGGUCGAGCGAAGUUUUCUCUUCUUUUCGGCUAUCCUCACGCCAAUAAGUUUGUUUACUUAGCCAUCCUGAAUCCUGCAGACGACAUUGAACGUGUGUUGAUCGUCAAACCAAAAGCCUCGUUUGUUUCAGAUUAGCUGGGGCUAUUUGCUGAUCCGAGGAAUCAGGGGCUACAGCGUGGAGUUUUAACACUUGAAAGCAUUGUGGUGGAAGCUGCUGCUUCUCCGUGGAGGCUACCCUUUUUCGAGGGGUGCAGUUUGUCUAGCCAAGGCUAAAUGACGUUUUGAUAGUUGUUUUCGUCUAUCACGCCGGAGCAGACUGCUUUUUUGCGGAUUUAUAUGAACGUCGAUUCAUAUUGUAGGGAAACUCGUCGCGGUUUUCCUGUACGCGUGCUCUAAAGGGGAUAUUGGAAUGUAUUCAUUUUCCCAUUCGCAUUUCUUCAAGGGCGAACUUCUGGUGAUAGAACGGAGAGGGGGAAGACUUGGCAGUGCAUGAAACACCAGCGACCUGUGGAUUAAAGCCAGCUCGGCCAACCCUUCUGAGUCUUGGGUCAAUAUCUGUGUCCAGCAGGACAGCGUUGUUGUGGAACCAGGACAUAAUGAUAUGUGGCUGAUCAAUUAGGUCGUCACAUUGCGCCAUUGGACGUGAAGAUAGUAGCUCGCAUUCUAACUGUCCACUUUUAUUUCAACUGGAAUUUUCUAACUGGUACCUCAUCAUUCAUGGUAUGAGCAGCUCCCAAAUAGUACCCCUUCGGGUACCUCAUUACUAGCGGUGUGGGAUUUCUCUUCGAAACGAGGGACUUCGGAAACUUAAGCCGAUGUGGAAUAUGACCAAUGAUUAUUUACAAUGAAGAUUUUCGUUUGCAUAUUUUUGGUCAGAACCCAAGAUCACGUCAUUUAGGCUAAUGUUCAAUUCAUUUUGCGGCGCAGAACAAAGUUGGACAACUAGACGUUUUGGAUUUACAUUCAACCACGUUGGACCCCUGGUCCUUCGGGGGACUUUGUAAAGUUUUGAAUAGCCGUUUUGAAUUUUUUUUAAGUGAUACAUAUAUUUUUCACUUUCAUCUUUUUGAUAUCUUUUUCAACUGAGACGCUGAUCAUUAUAUUAGGCUAACUAGCCUACCCUGCACAGAUUUUGAGCUCAGAAAAGCAGUUUUACAGUCACGAUGCGUCUAGAAAUGUCAGCAGUAAUUUUGGUAACUUUUGUCUACGUCUUGAGCCACUGUGGGUCAAUACAUGGAGAGAUCUGUCCCACCAUGGAUAUCCGGAACAACGCAGCCAACCUGACCCUGUUGGAGAACUGCACGGUGAUCGAGGGGCACCUGAAGAUCCUGCUCAUGUUCAAGACCAAGCCGGAGGACUUCCGCGGCCUGAGCUUUCCCCGGCUGACCGUCAUCACCGACUACCUGCUCGUGUUCCGCGUCUACGGCCUGGAGACCCUGAGCAACCUCUUCCCCAACCUGGCGGUCAUCCGGGGCAACAACCUCUUCUUCAACUACGCGCUGGUCAUGUUCGAGAUGCCCCAGCUGAAGGAGGUCGGCCUGUACAGCCUGAUGAACGUGACCCGCGGCGCCGUGCGGCUGGAGAACAACCCGGACCUGUGCUACCUGUCCACGCUGGACUGGUCCAAGGUGCUGGACUCGGUGGAGGACAACUUCAUCAUGGACAACAAGGACGACCGCGAGUGCGGCGACGUCUGUCCCGGCACGGUCGGCGGCAAGAAGCACUGCUCGCAGACCACCAUCAACGACCACUUCGGCGAGCGCUGCUGGAACCAGGACCACUGCCAGAGAAUGUGCCCACCGGCCUGCAAGAACCACGCCUGCACGCUCAACAACCAGUGCUGCCACGAGCAGUGCCUGGGCGGCUGCUCGGAGCCGGGCAACUCCAGCGCCUGCGUGGCCUGCCGGCGGCUGAUGCACGGGGGCACCUGCGUGGACCGCUGCCCGCCGGGCUACUACAACUUCAAGGACUGGCGCUGCGUCUCCUUCCGGUACUGCCAGGAGCUGCACAACGCGUGCCGCCAGCGCAAGGAGAAGGAGAAGGAGAAGGAGAGGGACUGCCACGAGUACGUCAUCCACGACGGCGCCUGCGUCCCCGAGUGCCCGUCCGGGUACACCACCAUGAACUCCGCCGCGCUGACCUGUGCGCCCUGCUCCGGACUGUGCCCCAAGCUGUGUGUGGGGGACAAGAUCGUGGACUCGGUCAUGUCCGCUCAGGAGCUCCGCGGCUGCACCGUGCUCAACGGCAGCCUGAUCAUCAAGAUCCGCGGUGGCACCAACAUCGCAGCUGAGCUGGAGACCAGUCUCGGUCAGCUGGAGGAGAUCAACGGCUUCCUGUCAGUGCGUCGUGCUUACGCCCUCAUCUCGCUGUCCUUUCUUCGGAAGCUGCGCCUGAUCCGUGGGGAGACGCUAGAGUCUGGGAACUUCUCCUUCUACGCCUUGGACAACCAGAACCUGCGGCAGCUGUGGGACUGGUCCAAGCACAACCUGACCAUUCUGAACGGCGGCAUGUUCUUCCACUACAACUCCAAGCUGUGCAUCGCCGAGAUCCGCAAGAUGGAGGAGGUGACGGGCACCAAGAGUCGCAAGAACCAGAUAGCCGCGCGCACCAACGGCGACCAGGCUUCAUGUCAGAACGAGGUCCUCAACUUCACCCAGGUCCGCGCCAGCCACGACAAGAUCAUCCUCAAGUGGCAGGCCUUCUGGCCCACGGACUUCAGGGACCUGCUGGGGUUCAUGGUCCUUUACAAGGAAGCGCCGCAUAAGAACGUGACGGAGUUUGACGGGCAGGACGCGUGCGGCUCCAACAGCUGGAUGAUCGCCGACGUGGAGCCGCCACAGCGCGGGGGCUCGUCCCCCACCGAGGCCGGCCAGCUCCUCUUCCCGCUCAAGCCCUGGACGCAGUACGCCAUCAUGGUCAAGACGCAGCUGUCCGCCUCCGACGACCUGGAGGUGCGCGGCGCCAAGAGCACCAUCAUCUACGUGCGCACCGACGCCACCCGUCCGUCGGUGCCUCUGGACCCCAUCUCCUCCUCCAACUCGUCGUCUCAGAUCCUCCUGAAGUGGAAGCCUCCCACGGAGCCCAACGGCAACAUCACACACUACCUGGUGUUCUGCCAGAAGCAGCUGGAGGACAAGGAGCUCUACAGGCUGGACUACUGUCUCAAAGGUAUGAAGGUGCCGUCGCGCACGCCGGCGCAGAUGGACAGCGAGGAGGAGCAGAAGUGGAAUCAGACGGAGGAGCAAGUUAAGGGGGGCCACUGCUGCGCCUGCCCCAAGACGGACACGCAGCUCAAGAAGGAGGCCGAGGAGUCCGAGUACCGCAAGACCUUCGAGAACUACCUCCACAACGUGGUCUUCGAGAUCAGAAGCACGGCGGCGCCGGUGAGCCCCACGGCAGACAGUGGGCCAUCCAGACGCCGACGCUCUGUGGGCGUGGCCAACGCCACCGUGCCCAGCUUCGUCACCACGCCCCCCGCCAGCCUGCUCCCGCCCGAGAACGGCUCGACGACGAGGGGCGAGCCCGAGGACAAGGAGCCCGGCCAGCGGCUGGUGCUCUCCGUGUCCAAGGAGUCGGCCGUCAUCUCCGGCCUGCAGCACUUCACCAGCUACCAGAUCGAGAUCCACGCCUGUAACCACCCCACCGACGAGAAGCGCUGCAGCCUGGCCACCUUGGUCAACGCCCGCACCAUGCCCGAACCAAAAGCUGAUGAUAUCACUGGUCCGGUGACCCACGAAUUCCUGCCAGAUGAACCCGAGCUGGUGUACAUCAAAUGGGAGGAGCCGAAAGCCCCAAACGCUGUCAUCAUUCUUUACGAAGUCAGCUACAAGAGGCUCUCUGACACCGAAGAGACGUCUCCCAAGUGUGUGUCUCGCACCACCUAUGACAAGCUGAAAGGCUACAAGCUGCGCGUGGUCCACCCAGGAAACUACAGCGUGCGCAUCCGCGCCACCUCUCUGGCCGGCAACGGCUCCUGGACGGACUACGCCUACUUCUUCGUGCCAGACAGAGACUUGAGCAUGAAGGCUAUCAUCGCUCCCGUGGUCUGCUUCAUCUUUCUGCUGUGCAUCGGAGGCACGGUGUUUGUCGUGUUCAAGAAGAAGCAAAUUGAAGGCCCCAGCGGCCCUCUCAUAGCCUCCUCCAACCCAGAGUACAUCAGCGCCAAUGAUGUCUAUGUUCCGGAUGACUGGGAAGUUCCACGGGAGAAGAUCACGGUGCUGCGGGAACUUGGGCAGGGUUCCUUCGGCAUGGUCUACGAAGGCAUCGCCAAGGACAUCGUCAAGGGAGAACCGGACACCCGCGUGGCCGUGAAGACGGUCAACGAGUCGGCCAGCCUGCGUGAGAGAAUCGAAUUCCUCAACGAGGCCUCGGUGAUGAAGGCUUUCAGCUGCCACCAUGUGGUCCGUCUGCUCGGCGUGGUGUCCAAGGGUCAGCCCACGCUGGUCGUCAUGGAGCUGAUGACUCACGGCGAUCUGAAGAGCUACCUGCGCUCCCUGAGACCGGACGCUGAGAACAACCCAGGGCGCCCGCCCCCCACUAUAAAGGAGGUGAUUCAGUUGGCGGGCGAGAUAGCGGACGGCAUGGCCUACCUCAACGCCAAGAAGUUUGUCCACAGAGACCUGGCAGCCAGAAAUUGUAUGGUGGCUGAGGAUUACACAGUGAAAAUUGGAGACUUUGGCAUGACGAGAGACAUCUAUGAGACUGAUUAUUACCGGAAAGGUGGGAAGGGUCUGCUGCCCGUCAGGUGGAUGGCGCCCGAGUCCCUGAAAGACGGAGUCUUCACUGCCCGAUCAGACUGCUGGUCUUUCGGAGUGGUGUUAUGGGAGGUUAGCACGCUAGCUGAGCAGCCCUACCAAGGGCUCUCCAAUGAGCAGGUGCUGAAGUUCGUCAUGGACGGUGGAUACCUGGACCGACCAGACAACUGCCCAGAGAGAAUACACAAUCUGAUGCAGAUGUGCUGGCAGUACAACCCGCAGAUGCGGCCCAGCUUCCAGGAGAUCAUCGAGAUGAUCAAGGACGACCUGCACCCCUCCUUCCAGGAGGUGUCCUUCUUCUACAGCGAGGACAACAAGCCGCCGGAGACGGAGGAGUUUGACAUGGACUUCGAGAACAUGGAGAGCAUCCCGCUGGACCCGUCGUCCUACUCGCAGCGCGAGGACAGCCUGAGCAGAGACAAUGGCCCCUCGGUGGGCCUGCGGGGCAGUUACGACGAGCACGUGCCCUACACGCACAUGAACGGGGGCAAGAAAAACGGAAGGAUCCUUUCGUUGCCCAGAUCGAGCCCAUCCUAACGUUUUCUGAUUGACUAUUUUGUCUAGUUCGCUCUCUCUCUCUUAUCUAUCUCUUUCUCUCGCUUCUUCUUCCUUUUUCUUCCUUCCUGUCCGCUCAGCUGUCCCGCGUUUUUUUUUUCUAAUAAUUAUUAUUUUUUUAUGAUUUACAAUAUUUUAUGCAGAUGCCCUUCAAAACAAAAACACAGAUCUCAGGACUUUUUUUUUUUUUUUUUUUCUCCUUCAUCGCUACCACAUGCAUGAUGGCAAGGAUGCAAACCUUUAACUAAGAACCAUUCAUGCGGAUCAUCUACAACUUUCCUUGGCUUUUGAUUACUUUUGUCUCACUCUCUUGCCAAGUUUCCAAGACUGGUCAGUGGGGGGAAAACUAAAGACAGACAAAACAAAGCGAACUGUGAACAGACACUACACAAACCAGAUGACUGCCUCUUGUUUGACCUCCUCGGACUUUCCCGUUCUCGGAGCAUUUUCUCGUUCACUUUCUUUACUGAAAUCUUUUCAUAUGGUGGCCUUUUUUUUAUAUGUGGCCUAUAAUCAAAGAGAAGUGUCUAUCAGUUCUUGUAUUCAUUUCCUUUGAACAACUGAUUAAAGAGUUUGGAAUCUGUGGGGUGGGUAGAGACUCUUAGAACAAACAUCCUAUUUGUAGAGGAAGCUUUUGUCCUGCAGAAUUCCAAAUCUCACACGGAUACAUGCGGUGUUUUGUUGGUGGAAAAAAAAUAAUUAAUUUAUUUGCUUUAUUUUUGUUUCUCCUUUCAGUUUUGUUUCCGUGUCCUUGCAUUAUGGCUGAAGGAUAUUUAAACAGUUAAGAAUUUGACAAAAUAGUCCAUCAGACUGACCAAUAGCUGCUGCUUUGAUAUAUCAUAUAGUGGGUAUAGUGUAAACAUAUAAUAUAUAUGUGAUGUAUAAAAUAUUGACACAUCAGUAUUUUAUAUAUCUAGAUACAUGAUGUUGAUUUUUCUUUUCUAUAUUGUUAAUUUUUGUAUUACUUUCAUCAGAAGCUUUGCUCUUAAGAUAUUUUUUCAAUCAUCUGUUCAUUAUGUCCUGAAAAUGACUCUAACCCCCCGCAAAAAGUCAUACUAAUUCACCUACAGUGCUCUAAGUUGCCCACUAGGGUUGUUGGCUAUUAUAAAUGCACGGGAGAGGCUAGGUGUUAGGAUUCAAAAGGAUGAUCCUUUCCUAGACUGCAUGCAACAAACUCUCAUAGUAACAAUUUGGCUUGUUGCUGUACCCGGUUUGCUGAUGGUGUUGAGGUCCAUAUUGCCAGAGAAUCACCCCUUGUUAUUUGAAGUACGUUGUGUUUUGAUGUCAGAAAUGUUUCGUUAUGUCAGCUGAGACUGUAGUCUAUGGUUGUCUAUGUUAUGUUUUGUCUAAUUCCUGUAUUAUGUAAUAACGUCGGAGACUGAUGAGGUUUUGGGCAUCGUCAUCGUCAGUGGGGGAGAAAUGAUUUGCUUUGAGUGCUUGUUUUGCCCGGAUGAUUUGAAAGCUUAGUCUGGACUUUUUUUUUUCUGCUAAUGUGAAGUACGUGAAGCACACAUCUGCUUACCAUCGUAUCACUGAUGAUCCCCCCCGGCUCUGUAACUACCAGAGGCUUCUUUGAUUGUGAGCAUUUGUCUGUAGUGAGAACCCCCUCCUCUGAUUUGGGCAAAUCACCCACUAGAUGAGGAAGAGGCGACUCGGAGUUCUUCUCACUGCAGCGAAGAGGCCACCAAACUCUCAGAAUCUGCCGCGCUCUUGAUUGUGUGGUUGAAGAACGCUCUAGAUGUCCUGUCUAGCUCUACAUUGAGCAGUGGGCUCUUCAGGAUGGCUUGGUUGAGUACAGUAGGUGUGUUGGAGGCUGUUAGGGUGUUGCAGUGACACUAGGCAGGAGACUACGCUCUGUAGUUCAGGACUCCUCAUCGACGCUGAGCUUGCUCUCCUGGAGGACAGACAUUCCUGGGUUGUAGUGUUUUGCCCAAUGUUACUGCCUCUCUUUCCCCUCAGACAAUAUUGGGAGUGAGUAGCAGAUGCUCUUUAAGUCUCAGUUCUGGUCGUUUCCAGGUUCUGAGGGUCCUCAGCUUCAGGGGCCUGAUGGAGCUCCGAUCUGACAUUGGUCUGACACGAGGCUUUCCAUCACACCAGCUUAUGUUUGAAGAUGCAAGAUAAAUGAGUUCUGUCCCACAUAUUUGUCUUCAGUGCAGGGUUCAGACAAUGUUCUUGUCAGACGGUAAUUUUCUAGAUUGUGUGCUGAAGAUGGAUCAAGUGGAAGAGGCAUUAUUAUUAUGCGUGCCAGGGGUCCCAGCUGCCUUUGUGUAUGCCGGUCUAAGUUAAUGAGUGUCUGCCCUCACAUCAGAUGUCCAGUAGCCGUGAAGACAUUCCUGCGCUUAAUCUGGCUUGUUCUAAUAGGGGCCGAACACACUCACUCAUCAGACAGUAUUCACACCUUGAACAACAUCUGUGUAGAAAGGCCUCUGGCGCACACAUUGAAUCUCCAUGCUGGUUCGUUUCUCCCCUGACCACAGUUGCUCAUGUCCAUCAGGGGGGGAACCUAAGCGACAGCAAGGCUCCAGCAGUCAGGAAAGAGAUAAGCAAUCUCCCACAUUGGACCUGGAUAGUAAGUAGCCACUAUACAGUUUACAGUCUUCAGGUGAUUUGCUGGUGUAUCAAACACGUAACAAUUGCCCCUCCAGUUGGGUUUCUCUCUGGACAUAAUAUGCCUCAGCCUCCCAAGUUGUGCCUUCUGCAAGAGCCCAAGGUAGUGGCCACAAGACAGGGGGGCCGGGGUGGAUGCCCAAGCUUAACUUGGUUCAUAUUUAUCCACAUCUGUGCACACUUGGCUUGGUGUACAUAAUGUGUUGGUGAGUGUAUAUAUUUAUGUGCGUAGAGCGGGGUGGGUUGAGAUGUGAGGAGUCUGCCUCCAGUCUGCUUCUGGGGCUGAGAGCUGGAGUGUGGGGACUGAACAGGACUUGCUGCUGUUUAACCAGCACACUCAGUUUUUUGUUUUUCAAGAUGUAAAUCUAAUUACCGGACUACAUUGCUUUAUGAUAUCGUCAUCAUCCGCAUCAGUUUUCUUCUUUUUUUCGUCGGCUAUUUUCCGGGUUUGUAAAUAAUAAAUAAGAUGUUUUAAGUUAAAGGAAAAAAGCUAAACAAUUACACCCACACAAUUUCACACACACUACCAUGACAAAAGAUAAGUUUAGUUAGUCAUGGUUGUCAACUUAACUGUACGUGCAAAUUUCUAAUUAAGAAGAUUAGCAUAUCUUUGAAAAGGCAGAUGAUAUUUUAUUUAUUUUAUUAUAAUCGUUGUAUAAAACCCAGCUAGCUUUUUAUUACAAGUUUUAAGAAUUAUUCAGUGUUGGGUAAAAUAGUGUUUUCUCUCUUGUUUAGUUUUUUUCCAUUGUUUGAAAAGAGAGUUACAGCUAGAGGGGGAGAAUGAGUUUGGUGUUGUGGUAAAUUCUUUUUUUUGUUGUUAUUUUGAUCGGACGCAGUCUACCUCAGUAUGUAUGAAAUUUUAGUCAAGCCUUGCUUCUCUCGCUCUUUCUCCCUUCUCUUUCUCUCUCUCUCUCUCUGCCUCUCACUCUUUCUCUCUUUAUCCCUAACACUAUCCUCCUACCCAUCUCAGUGUUUUAACAUGGCCAUUUUGGCAGAUGUCAAACUUGUGAGUCUGAUCACCUGUUCUGAUCAUCCUAAAGAGGGCUUAUCACUGAUGACAUGAAACUGACAAAUUCAAAGAUGAUAACACGUCUCUCGCAGAACUCUGCAAUCUAAUUUCAAAUUGGCUCUCCCUGUUUUAAUUCCCUUUGUAUUAGCAUGUAUUCAAAAUGUUUGGUGGCGGAGUUUUCCUCAAGGCAACAUUUACUAAUUAAUGACUAUGACUGUGUCAAAAAGUAUUAGAAAGCACAAUUGAGAAGCAUUUUUGUGGGGAUGUUCUGCUUAGUGCAACUGUGCCAUGGAUUGCUAUAAUACUGUAUACCAGCACUUAUGUGAAAGGUGGCAGUCUAGAGUUUUUACAUUUCGGACCUGUUCAUCCAUUUUCAAUUAGCUAGCACUUCUUGCAACUACACCAAGCCGUAGAUUCCAAAUUGCCCAAUUGUAAUAUGAUUCAUGAAAUAUGACAUUCUGUGUAUGGGGCGUGUAAUUAAGAUGUAGGGGGAGAUGCAUGAGUGUGGUCAAUACCAUGUUGACUAUGCUCCUGAUUUUGCUUUUAAUAAUGGUUCACAACCAACUGAACUUUCCUUGCUCCUCUAAUGGUAAUAGGAAAUACUAGGUUGUGCACUGACACAGACAUCAAUAUUCGAGUACCAAAUAAAGCCUUGUGCCGUGGGAGAAUGGGAAUUUGGGGCACAGUUCUGUCCUACAGUGCUUGACAGUAAGAGGGCUGAUCUGGUGAAUACAUAUCCUUCACAAAGCGAGAAAGAAAUUCAAUUUGGACCCAAUGCCUUCUGGUUUAUGCUAUGAAUGUGAUUCUUGUUAGUUUUAUGUUUGUGUUCUGUUUUUUUUUUUCUUUUCUUUUUUUGACUUCUUGUUAAUGUACUUUUUCUACUGUGAAUUAUCAAGAACCAUCUUACAAUAAUGCCAUAGAUUGGGGGGGUUUGGGGACAUAACAUACAGCAUGCCUCCAUUGUUUCCGAUUGGAUUCUCUUCGAUAGGGGGCAGCGCGCUCUGUUGGGACAAUCCCAUGUGCCAUACAAUGUUAAACUCUGAAGUGAAAAUCUGGCUUGGGAUGAGCAGUACUCAGGGAGGUCUGAUUCUUUAGGUUUAGAAGGGAUGGGACAUGACUCUGACUGAAGUACCUGUUUGGAGAGUGUGGCAAAAAAAAAAAGCCAAUCUCUGCCUUUAGCAAGGGGUAAUCAAGGUAGUGCUGCUGAACCUUUUUGUCUGUUGGGAGAAAGUUCAAAGAAAAACAACUUACCUCCCCCUAGUUGUGCAUGAACACUGGGUGAAUGUUUACUCCCCUCUGAUGGACAGAUGUAGUACAACAACGGAAAGGCAGAGUGAAGCCAGUCCUCCCACCCAUAGUGCCUUGUGCAGAUUUCUCAAGCGUCCUCCCAACCAAACCCUCUCAACUCAAACCGAUUGUCUCCAAAGUCCGCUCAUGGACUUGGGCAGACCCUUGACUGGAGUUUUAACCACACCACAUUGUGCAUCCUCAAAAGUGCAUCUUUCAAAGACAAGCUGAGAGAUUUCCUAACAUGAUAGUUGUAGAUAAAAUACAAACACGACACGCACACACACACAAAUGUAUCACAUCUUCCUGCUUGGCUCCAUGUUACUGUACUGGUGUCUGUGAAUGAUGUUUUGUUCUUUUUUAAGCAGGAAACUUGUCUCUACUUGCCUAAGCUCUGGCUUGCUUUGUGUGCUUUGAACCCCUCAUGGGGGGUAACAUGGCAUUAUAUAAUUGAACAUCGAUUGCAUGGCACUUUGGUAAUUGUACAUUUGUCCCAAAUGCACACACUGCAGAAGGCUUAAACGGGUGUUUAAUUCAUGCAAGGUGAUUCUUGUAAUCUGUCUUUUCACAAAUGAAACAGCCUCCUACUGUACAUCGUAACAGUAAUCGCCCCCUAAAACAAAAGCACUUAAUUUUGGCAAAUUUUAUUUAAUCUGGAACUCUAAAGUGGUUUAACAGAGCAAGCUAGCAAUGCAGCACAGGUUGAGAACAAGGCAUUGUAUGUCAUUUUAUUUGUUUUAAAGAAAAAAUAUUACAUCUAGAGAUGUUGAUUUCUAUUUUUAUUUUUUAGCCAAAAUAGGGAGGGCAAAUACAAUUACCUUUUUUUCUGACUGUAAACUUUUACUAUUCUUGUACAUUAUGGAAUUAACAUUGUUAUCAAUGUAUAUAACUUUUUUUAAAUAAAAUUAAAUGUUUGAUGGCUAUCGCUCCUGAAACUACCCCACUAUCUGAUCAAGGUUUCAGUUCACUUUUUUGGUGAGAAGCAGCACAGGUCAAUGAUGGUGAUGAUGAUAAUGAUGAUGAUGGCGGGGCUUGCAACGUCUCUCUUUUAGGCUUGUUAAUUCAGUCUGACCCCACCUGUGCAUCAAGAGUAUCCCCAAACCCUGCCCUUUUAGUAAAAUCAAUUUUCACAUCCACUCUCAGUAUGUACUAUCACUUCUGUGACCCACUGGGAUGUCGAACGAAAUUCUAUUUGACCACCUUAGACCAAAGUGACGAGUCCCUUUUUUAGAUUUGUUUUCCAAAAGUGAAAAAAAAAAAACAACUGGAAAAGAAAGACCACUGCACAUUCCCUCUGGAAGUGACUAAACGAGUGUAAUAAGCUACGGGGUAACAAGCCACGUUUAUAUAUAUCUUUAAUCUAUAUAUAUAUAUCCAUCCCAACGCUAUGAGGAUCUGAAGCUAAUCACCCUGUGAUUGCAUUAGCACAUGGUGCAGCAUGAAGGAGAUGUGAAUCACCAUGUGUGUGACUUACAGGACACCUCUUGUGUGUCACGAUCGAAACACACCACAAACUGAUCAUGCCCUUUUUUUCUCUUUUUACCACACACCGACAUCAUGGGCAAAUAUUAUGAAAUGCCAUUUUUUUGCUGAAACCUGUUUUUUUUUUUUUAGUUUUUUCUUUGUUUCGUUUUUAAAUGUGUGUAGUCCAUGUUUAAAGUCUGACGUGUGUUGGAGGGCAGGUGGUUGAAAAAUUAUUAUUUUUUAUGUUGAAAAUUGAAGGGAGCCAUAGUAGUUCUGCCCUAUCUUCUUAGCAGCCUGCGCCUACUUAUACAUACUCGCCGCUCUCCAGCUCAAACGCCUCUUUUUAAAGAGGAAACAAAAAAGAAAACAGGAUUUCUAUCCUUCUGAACUUUGUGUUCUUCAAAAUGCUGCUGCUCUUCUCUGUACACACACAGUGCUGAAAGUUGUGUGUCGUAUUGGUGAAAGACCUCUCUCUGUUCUUGUCUCGUGUAUUGUGUAGAUGACACAAAUGUAUGAUCAAAUACAUUGUGUACACAUUGUUUGUUGACAUGGGUUCAUAUGCAGCCACAGGCUUUGUGUAUGAGUUCAUGGUUAACCCACUGACGGCUACAAAGAUGCAUCGCCACACUGGAUCCAAAUGGGCCAUUCUAUAUGAGAUAUGAAAUACACGUCUGUCAGUACAGUAUAGGUUGACACACACUUACACACAUACACACACAUUCUCUGUAUGUUUUUUUACACAGAUGCACAUUCUGCUCUCUCUCUCUCACGCACACUCACAGACACACACACACACACACACACACACACACAGAAAUCUACAUUCAUUAUCUCACACAGACCACUCACACAGAAUCUAAAUGUGCCAUGAUUAGGUAACGCUUGACAAUUUAUUUUUUCUAUGUUUUCAAGAAGAGCCAAGCAGUGACAUGUACAGAUAAUGUUGAAAUGAUAUGAAAAUAAAUCUUGCUGUGUGUAAAUUAUUCAACAAUUAACUGUUUAUAUUAAAAUUAUGAAUAAAAUGAUUGGCGAGUAUUUUUUUAUUCCGCA